GGCGGCGGGGCGCUAGAGCCGGGGCGGGCGGGCCGCGGGCCGGGGAUCGGGUGACGGGCGGGCUGAGCUCCCGCCCCCGCGCGGUCCCGGGGAGGAUGCGGCCGGGGGCCUCGGGGCGGGGCGGGCGGCGGCGGCGGCAGCGCUAGCGGCGCAGGGGGUGGGCGGCGGCGGCAUGAGGCGCGGGGCCGGCGUCCGCGGGAGGGAGGCGCUGCCCGCGGCCCGGCCGCUCCCGCUGCAGCUGCUCGCCGGGUUCGCCGUGCCCUGCCCGCGGGGCCCCGGCUGUUCUCAUCCCGGCCGCCGCCCGGGCUGCCGCUGGUGACCACUCGCCGUGCCGCCGGAGGCUUCACCCGCGCCCUCCCCCAGGACGCGCCCGCGGAGCUCCGGCCUCUUCGCCCCGCUCGCGGAGGCCGCGCUGCGCGCCGGUCGGCGACGAGGCCGGAAGAUGGCCUGGGUGCUCAAGAUGGACGAGGUGAUCGAGUCCGGGCUGGUGCACGACUUCGACGCCAGUCUCUCGGGCAUCGGGCAGGAGCUGGGCGCCGGCGCCUACAGCAUGAGCGAUGUCUUGGCAUUGCCAAUUUUCAAGCAGGAAGAUUCCAGCCUUCCAUUGGAUGACGAAACCAAACACCCGCCCUUCCAGUAUGUGAUGUGUGCAGCAACGUCACCAGCCGUGAAGCUGCACGACGAAACACUCACGUACUUGAACCAAGGUCAGUCUUAUGAAAUUCGCAUGCUGGAUAAUCGGAAAAUGGGAGAUGUGCCUGAGAUCACUGGAAAACUGGUAAAGAGCAUCAUAAGAGUUGUAUUCCAUGACAGACGGCUCCAGUACACGGAGCAUCAGCAGCUUGAAGGCUGGAAGUGGAAUCGCCCAGGAGACAGACUCCUCGAUUUAGAUAUUCCAAUGUCUGUGGGAAUAAUUGACACAAAGACAAAUCCAAGCCAGUUAAAUGCAGUUGAAUUUCUGUGGGAUCCUGCAAAACGCACAUCUGCUUUCAUUCAGGUACACUGCAUCAGCACAGAAUUUACUCCCCGGAAGCAUGGAGGUGAAAAGGGAGUGCCUUUUAGGAUCCAGGUUGACACCUUUAAGCAGAAUGAAAAUGGAGAAUACACAGAUCACCUACACUCAGCUAGCUGCCAAAUCAAAGUUUUUAAGCCGAAAGGUGCAGAUAGGAAACAAAAAACUGAUCGAGAGAAGAUGGAGAAGAGAACCGCUCGUGAGAAGGAGAAGUACCAGCCGUCCUAUGACACCACGGUCCUCACAGAGUGCUCUCCAUGGCCCGACACCCCCACCGCCUAUGUGAACAGCAGCCCUUCCACGGCGCCCACCUUCACGGCCCCACAGCAGAGCGCUUGCAGCAUCCCGGACAGCAAUUCUUCUUCCCCAAAUCAUCAAGGAGAUGGAGUUUCACAGGCCUCUAGUGAACAACUUCAGCCUUCAGCCACGAUCCAGGAAACACAACAAUGGCUGAUCAAAAACAGAUUCUCUUCCUACACAAGACUGUUCUCCAGUUUUUUAGGUGCCGACUUGUUAAAACUGACAAAGGAGGAUCUAGUACAAAUUUGUGGUGCAGCCGAUGGAAUUCGGCUCUAUAAUUCACUGAAGUCAAGGUCGGUGCGGCCCCGCCUGACCCUCUACGUCUGCCGCGAGCAGCCGGCGCCGCAGGGGCAGCAGCAGGCAGCGGGUGGCGGGGGCGACGGCGGCGGCGCCACGCCCUACGUUUAUCAUGCAAUCUACUUAGAAGAAAUGGUUGCUUCAGAAGUUGCUCGAAAACUUGCGUUGGUGUUUAAUAUUCCUUUCCACCAAAUUAACCAGGUUUACAGACAGGGUCCCACCGGUAUUCACAUUCUUGUUAGCGAUCAGAUGGUUCAAAACUUUCAAGAUGAGAGUUGUUUUUUAUUCUCCACAGUAAAAGCUGAAAACGGCGGUGGCAUCCACAUAAUUUUGAAGUGACGUCUUGACGUAGUCUGAACUCUAUUCAGCACCAGUUUAAAGUUACGCUUAAAAGUGUGUGAAGACUGAAUCCAAGAAGUCUUGGGAUUGGAUUUUACCGUAUGAAAUGUUUCAUAUUGAAAACACAGGAUGACCUUUCUCGCGAACUGGAUGAGAGGCACGUCUCCUUCGCUUCACUGCCGCGGCCUUGCCCCGGGACAGUGAGCACGUCGGGCCCCGGUGCAGGUAGGCCGCCUGCUUCUCUGCCAGAGAGGCCAGUAGACACAGUCCCUAGAAGCAGCCUUCGCUGUCUUUUUACACUGUAUGCGGUUUGGAAAUGAAUGUAAAGAUGUACUGUGGGCAUUUACCUUUCUGGGCCAGUUCGGCUUCUGCUGCCCGGACCUUAUGCUGACCUGGGGGCAGGGGGGGCACUGGCUGCUGCGGGGCCAGCGCCGAAUCCACGUGUGGAGAGAGUGAGGCCGACGCUGAUACGGGCCGAUCAGUGGUCAGGGGAGAGGCUUGGUGCCUUCCUGGAAAAAAUCACGUCUAAGGGUGCGCGUCUGCCGUGAUCAUGCCAGAUCGGGGAAGCCCCAAGCCAGGAAGACGGGCGUGAAGCAAACUGCAUUAUCAAGAGUACCUUGGUGAGAGGAUCAGUGUAAAUCCUAAUAGGUACAAAGACUUUUGUGUUUUUGCUUUGUCACAGAUUUAUUGAAAAACUUUUUGCUUCUGCUUCCAUUUUUAGCAUUUUGUUUCUGGUUUUCAUUUUUGAAGCCCCGAUGCCUUUUAAACUCAUGUGGUUUUCUUUCUCCUUUUCCUCCCUCUCUGUCUCUGACCACCCACCCCACCCUGCACCAUACUGUUGUUACACUUUUUUAAAGCCCUGUCCCCAACAUUGGAAAUACACCUAAGCAGGAGAAAACAGUGUGAUAGUUUCUGACUUGGUGUUAAGGGGUCUUCAUUAUCAAGAGUUGAAAUUUAUUUGUGGAACACUAGACAUCACAAACACUAUAUUGUACCAUCAAAAUUCCUCACACUUCUCUAAUAUGGAGCUUUAGUACAAUCAUGGGUAACAUUCUGGUGAUUAUUUCGGGACUUUUUUAUACACCACAUAAUAGCUUCUUUUUCUAUAAAAAGAGUGCCUCUUUCACAAAACCAAAUGCUUGUUGGCCAGUAUACUUUCCAAAGGGAAUCACUGUUUUUGCAAUUUUUUCUACUAUCAAUCAUCAAUCAUUAUUAUCUCUUCUCUUCACCCGAAGCCUUCCCAAAAUUCAUCAGCAAGCAUUUGAGGCCUGUGGUGUACUAGACACAAUUUUCUUUUCAAACUUCGAUUCCAUUUUAAUUAUACCAUCUCUGUCCGUUCACCCAGUGUCUUGGUUUUGAGUGUAUUAUUUGAUCCUUAUCUAUCUUUGUUCGGGCAGAAAUAGGAAUGGGUAAUUUUGAGUUUAAAAUCUCUCCCAGGAAGACAAAACUACUUCAGUGGGUGAAAGCUUUGGCAUUUUAUGUUUUAUUCAUAAAGGGGGUUAUUUGAUAUGAAAAAGUAGUGUCUCUAAAUAUUCCAUCUUUGGUUUGAAAAUAUCCAUAACUUGUAUAGACCCUAAAGCAGGAGAGCUUUCCUUUCCGUCAUUUUCCCUUUGCUUUUGUAUGACCACAUGUUUUCUGUACCAGUCAGUCAGUCACUUGGGAAAGAAGUGAGCUUCUCUCUUAAUUGUUUUAGAGUUUUGCUUGUCUAUUUAGCAUUCCUUUUUGAGUCUCAAGAUUUAUGGAACAAUAAAUGUCAUUUUUAAUGCUGUGUGCUAUUUUGAAUUCCUCAUCAGGCUUUACAAGUGGGGUAAAAAUAAUUAAAAGCUCAUCAAACUUGAAAUGACACCAAGCAGCACUGAACGUUAGUCUCUCCCAGUGAAACAGGUUAGAUUUUGGCACCAGCAAAUUUGCUACUUUGUUUUUUUAAUAGUAGGAUGUACACAUUUCAGUAUAAUAAAUGUUUUCCGAUUGUUUUGCAAA